AUGGGUGUGGUUGUGGAGUGCCGUCCGAAGCGGGACGUUGUACGUUCGCUUCCGUUCGGACUGCGGGUGUUGGGGCGAAGGGCAGAGUUCCAGCGGAGCGUGGCAAGCACGCCAAACCAGUUUUUGGAGAUGCUGGCCGAAGACGAGGUCGAAGACGUCGCCGAGCUGCCGUGCGGUGUAAAUGGUCAUCAUUACGAUUCGGACGAGCACGAUGACGACCACCAUCACCGCCAUGGGCCGCAUCAGCACGGCUACGGCCGCCAGGGUGUAGCGAUUGGAGCCGGUUUCGGAUACAACCCAUACUACGGCAUGCCACAGCAGUAUGGGUACGGUGGUCAGCCCGGAAAUUUGUUUGACGUGGUGACGAAAAACACGGCCGCAGUUUUCGAUAACGUGAACAAACAGAUCGGACAAACGUUCAAUGCAGUCUCGCGACCGUUGGGUAUCGGAUUCGGGUUCCUUCCGGGGAUGGUGAGCAUUGGUGGUUCCUACGGAGGUGGCUAUGGACAGUACGAUCCACAGCAAGGUCCUGGGUUUAACCAACAUGGGCAGCAUCCGUUCCCGUAUCCUGGAGCAGGAAUACCCGGGCAAGGUCCACCGUUUGGCCAUGGAGUGCAGGAUAGACCAUCGCAUCACGGAAGACCUCACGGAAAUCGCCCAGGACAGGGAUUCCAACCGCAGAAUCCUUCCCUUCCUGGAGUACCUCCUCUAAGUCCAACGAGUCCUACCGUACAACCUGGUGGUCCCAACGAAUGGACCUCUCCUCCGAAAGUGCCAGAUAGUCCCCCACCAGUUCCGGUUACACCUGCUCCACCGGCCGUUCCAAGUGUUCCCCCACCAGUUCCUCCUGCACCGGUCCCACCACCAGCGGUUCCACCGGUACCGGCUCCACCACCAGUACCAGAAAACCCACCCCGAGUCAAUACGCCACCUCCACCACCAGUUCCAGUAAAUCCACCACCAGUAAAUCCUCCUCCUCCACCGCCACCACCAACAUCGGACAAUAACAGUUGGAGUCCCGACAAUCUGCCACCAGUGGCACCACCACCAGCCGCCCCGAAAGGAGGAGACAACGUUGAAGAUGAAGAUGACGCCGUGUACGAUAUCGACAUCCGCCUCGGUGGUGACGAUAAGGUGAAACGAACAAAGCGACAGUUCUUUCCGAACCUCUUCAAUCAGAUUGGAGGUCUAGUGAAUACAGCCGUCAACUCGGCCGGUAAUUUGGCGCAGGGAACUUUUAACCCUGGUCAACCAGCUCCCGGUGGUUUUCCGAACUUCUUCGGACAGCCACAACGACCACAACGUCCACCUCAACAACCAGCACAGCCUGCGCAACCUGCCCCCAACACACCAUCGCCACCACCACCACCACCACCGCCACCACAACAGCAGGGAAGUAAGUCUCCCGAGUUAAACCUUCAGACGCUUGGUGAAGAUGGCAUGGUUUGGACUUACGAAUCCCUCGGGGUGAAGCCUCCUGCACGGGUGCGUCGUGACGUCGACGCCAUCUACUUCCCCGACGACGAGGAUGAUGAUCGUUUCACUAGCCACAAACAGCCACCCACACACAAACCCGCACCCGUACACCUGGCGGGAGUCUCUGGCUCGCAGGCGGGAGCACAAAGUCAGUCGCAGAACGUUGCGAAUGGAUUCCAACAGAGCAGUGGAUCGCAAAGUCAGACGCAAACCGUUCAGAACCAGCACGGUGUGUUCAAUCAGAAUGCGGCUGGGAGCACGUCGGGUAACGUGGCCGUCGAUGGUUCGUCCGGGCAGCUGAGUGCGGCCAACACGCAGCAGCAAAACUUCCAGACGGCGACCGGUUCCGGCAGCCAAAACCAGGCGAACAGCCAGUCGGCCAACUUCGAUAAGAACACGGGCAACCUGCAGCUGUCCAACUCGAACGCCAACACGAUGUCGAUCCGGGAAAAGGACAAGUACAAGGAGCAGGCGAACGCCGGAUCAUCCUCGGUGAACCAGAACCAGUUCGGUCAGUCAUCGAGCAACGCGCAGACUAACUCCGAAACGUUCUUCGAGAACGGCGUGCAGGGCAACAAGAACUCCGCCUCCAGCCAGAGCUUGCAGACGAACAAGGAUGGGUCGGUGUCCGGUGCGACCAGUAACACCAUGUCGAACACCUUCACCGGGCCCGGUGGCCUGACGGGUUCGUCCUCGUCUAGCCAGUCGUCGAGCUUCAACCAGGGCGGUGGAGGCGGCUCCCAGACCGGUGCCUUCAGCGGAGCGUCGAGUGGCGCGUCCAGUGGCGCUUCCUCCAGUAGUUCCGCGGCGAGCUCGUCCGCGUCCGGGCCGCUGUCGUUUAGCAUAAGCGGAUCGUUCGCAGGGCUUCCGCUGGGCACACCGUUGGGUGCCCCGUUGGGUAAUCUCCUACCCAAUCUAUUCCCCAAGCUGGUGGGACAGCAAAGAAUGGUUAGAGGAAAGAACACACACACCGGUCGACUGUCGCCAUUCACCGGCAUCGGACAUGCUUCCUGCUGGCGAAAGCCAAACGCGAACCUUCCCUUCGACAAGCUCGCCCAACGAGCGUUCAGCGAGAAGUGGUGGAAAAUUGCUGAUAGAUCUUCGUCAUCUUCAUCAUCACCGCCAUCGUCGGCGGACAUCUCCGUCGUCUAG